UAUGUGUUUUUCAGUCAAAGCCUGGUGUAAGCGCGUGUUACGCGUGCGUGUUGUGUGACAGACAGAUGCCAGUAAUUUCCCCGAUGCCCCGAUGCGCUCAUUGGUGCGUCCCUCCAACGUGUCACCAGUUUUGGUGGAUUACCCCAGAUAUCUUCAUCCAUGAGGAGGGUGAAACUCCACUCAUUUCUCUCCACUGCUCACGGUGUCCAGCUGCUAACUAGGAACUCUGACGGCAUUUGGGAAUCUUCUGACCUCCAGAAAAACGACUCAAGAAAGAUCUUUUGAAGAUUUCUUUAUUCUUUUUACGCACGCGUUUACUUCUGAAUCGAGGAUGGCGCCGUCUCUCUCACUCUCAGCCUUUCUGUUUUUGGCGCCCUUGCUGUUAAAGGGUCUGUGGGUCAGUGGCUCCCCGGGCUGCGCGUCCUGCGGGGUGUCUCGGAUGGGGAAAGAAGCAGAGGAGAGGCUGCUGACAGAAAUCGCCAAGCAGCAAAUUUUGGACAAGCUGCACCUGAAAGACAGACCAAACAUCAGUCAGGCGGUGCCCCGGGUGGCGCUCCUUGCUGCGCUGCGCAAACUACACUCGGGGCGCGUCAGACAGGAUGGUACUCUUGAAUUAGAAAACAAAAUACCCACCAAAGAUCAAGGCUAUGAAAUUGUGAGCUUUGCAGAUAUAAAUGAGUCAGGAAGUGGUGAAGAGGCCAGCCUCAGUCUUACCUUUCAGUUCCUGCAGGAGCGUGGCCAAAGCAUCCAGGUCCUCCAGUCUUCUUUGUGGAUCUAUGCUCGCUCCUCUGGUGACUCUCACAGAGCGCCUCGCCUCCCUGCCAGGGUCUUCCUCACUGCAGAGGGUGGGAUGCCUGGCUCUAACCGCACCCUGGUGAUAGAAAAGAUGCUGGAGGUCCAGGAGAGUAACUGGCACACCUUCCCCAUCACCCGCACCCUGCAGUCCUUCCUGGAUGGAGGCCAACAUCGGCUCCGGUUGGAGGUCAGCUGCGACGAUCAAGGCCAGAACCUCUGCUCCCUGGACUCUGCUGAUACCAUCUACCAGCCCUUCAUGGUGGCUCAGGUGCGUCUCCGUGACGACCACUCCAGGCACUCACUCAGGAAGCGCUCGCUGCGCUGUGGGGACGAUGUCACUGUGUGCUGUAAACGAGACUUCUACAUUAAGUUUAAAGAUAUCCAGUGGCAUGACUGGAUCAUUGCACCUGAGGGUUACCACAUGAACUAUUGCAUGGGUCAGUGCCCACAACACCUGGCCGGCUCACCUGGUAUAGCAUCCUCAUUCCACGCCACUGUGUUCAGCCAGCUGAAAGUCAACGGCAUUAACACGGCUGCAUCUUCAUGUUGUGUUCCCACAGAGCGUCAGCCUCUAUCCAUGGUCUACUUCAACUCUCAGCACAGCAUCGUCAAGACAGACGUCCCAGAUAUGAUAGUGGAGUCCUGUGGAUGCACAUAAAGGACAGAGUUUGAAAACUAUGGUUCUUUAAAAGUGUUUUAACACAGAAAACUAUAAAGAUUUAUAUUUGUAAUUUACAGACAGAUGGAAACUUAUGAACAGAAAAUAUGAAACUAAGGUCCUUUUCUGGAAAGGUUUUACAGUUGAGCAAUAUUAGGGUGAGCCAUUAACAUGGCACUCAGGCAUAAUAUAGGGACCACCUUUAUUAUGGGUAUUAUAAAUAUUAUUUCAUUAUCACAUUUACAAAUCAUAUUGACAUUUAUUACACAUUUAGAAAGAUUAAAUCAUAACAAUAUUUUUGUAUAAUAUAUAUUCAUGACAUAUUUUGAAUUUUAUGUUACAAGUUUUGUAAUAUAUAGUCUGUAAAGACAUAAUACUGAGUGCCAGACAAGUGAAUAAGAAUAUAAAAUAAAGAGAUUGUACUCUCUAGCAGAAUGCUUCAUGUUGUUCAAGCAUAUGCCAGAGAUUAUUUAUAAAAGAGAGGACAGAAACUAAGCCACCAUGAUGUAUGGCAGAUUUAAUAUGAAGAGUGAUAACCAUGUCAGAUAUUUAUUGUAUUAAAAUUUUAAUCAGAUCUAACCUGAUUGAAGCCAGACUUUUAUCAAAGACAAAUGUAGUCAGACACAACAGGAAGAGACUUUAAUAGAAAUCCUUCACUGUAUUGGAAAGUUAAGGGAUUUUAUUAGCUUUUAUUUUGUUAUGUUGUCUAUUUAUUGUGUGUUUCACACUGGGAUUUACUUCAGAUUGGAAUUGAAUACCCUUCUGUCCUAUUUUUCCAUAGAUUAUCUGCACCUUUUCUCAGCCAAACUAAGUGCUGCCAUUUUAAAGUACGACUUUUGAAACAGUGAAAGAGAUCCUCGAUUUAAAGAGUGCCUUCUUCAUUAAGUGCAACUUGGAUAACAAGUAUCAGCUUGUAUUAGUCUGGAACCCAAAGGGAAUUACCCAUCUUGAUGACAUCAAUAUUACUGUAGUAUGACUAAUACAGUCUUUGUACAUCUCUGACUCUAUGAAAUAUUUUCAGUUUCAUUUGAAGUGUUUUAAAAAGUUACUUUCUUGACCUUUAACAUGAACCAUUUGAACAGGUGAAAUCAGCCCUGAGUUUCAUCCUGUAGGUUUAUAAAAAAAAUCUGCUUAAUCAGCAUCUCCACUGUAAUAUUUACCAAAAUGGGCUAAUCUAUUGGGUAAUGAUGGCUCUGACAGCAUAUGAACCUCAGGUCAUUUUUUUCAGCAACGUGAGUAAACAUUUAGAUAUUGCUUCAGUGUCAGGUAAUGUGAAGGUCUGUGAGGCAGCUGGGUCACUGAGCAUGUGCUACUGCACGUUGGCUUUGACAUUAGGCCAAGUCUAAAGUUUUCUGGGAUGAUGUAAAGUUAGAAGCUUCCAGCUGAAGGCAAUCUGGGGAUCUUUUUCAACAGCCAAAAACAUUCUUUAUACACCUUUUGCUCAACUGAUGGCAUCAUUUACUAUCAAACUCUACUUUGGGUAUUAUCUAUGGACAACAUAUUUUGAAGGAUGCUUUAAGACGUUUUCUGUUUUCGUUAGGAGUUUGAAAUGUGCAGUGUUGUAUCUGCCGGUACAUGCCUCUGUGUCUUUUUGAGAGAGGAAACACUACUCAGUAGAAAACUGUGUGUUACUUUAAAAGUAAACCAAUGCUUGUACCAAAUAAAAUGGUGAUACAUACAGAUUCAGUUCAGAUACAGUGUAAUGUCAAAAAAUGUUUUCUGCUUUCUUAAUUAUACUGUUUUUUCUCUGUAUUCCUCAGAAUUCAAGCCUGUGUGAAACCAUUUUAAUGCUUCAGUUUUUUUGUUAGUGAUUCGAUCUUGUAAGUACCUGCUGUCUCAGGACUCAGUCAGUACAUUUACAGGCACAGUUCAGUCCAGUAAGGUUAAAGCUCCACUGAGAUAACUGGACAUCUGUGUUUGCCCUUGUAUGUAUGGACGGCCACUCAAUUUAUCGACAGGAUAAUCUCUGACUCUGCUAUGCUAAGUGGUUAUAUAUAUAUUAAUUCCAUACUUCUGGUAAAGGCAGAAGACAAUGUUACUUCUGCUACCAUUAGCAUUUAAGCUGUUUGACCUCUGGGCUAAACCUUGGCAUGGAGCAUGUUUUUAAUGUCACAGCAUGUCUAAUCCAACUGAGCUGUAUUUGUGCAAGAGGAAAUCAAUAUCCAACCACAUUAUCUAAAUGUCUUAGUCCUACUUCAAAAUUUGAUUUUGUACAAUUUCAUUUCGACUAACAUGUUCACAUGUAUGCUAGAGUCCAUCUUUAGUCUAACAGCUUUUUCCAACUACAUGCAAACGUACUGAGUAUGACACUGAGGUGCCGUGUAUCAGAACUUUCUAAGCACUUUAUCACCCUACUGUAUUUGGAGACUCUUCUUGCUUGACCAUUUUGCGACUCAGGUGAGCACUACAUUCAAAAUGUUAUCAGGCGACGACCACAAAUCUAAAUCAGUUUAUUUCUAUAAAUGUUUUGAGUUGUUUGUUACUGUGAGUUUUAGCAGAGCAUGUAGACAGUGGAGGAAUGUCUGCAUACUGUAACUGGUGGAAAAUGCAGCCAGGAUUUUAUGUAAAUGUAUCUUUAUUUUUAUAUUUCUGCACACCGAAUGGUUACUGAAUGCAACUGAAUGUAACAUUUUGUCAUAUCAUGUGAUUACACUAUA